UUGGAGGAGGGGCGGGGCGGAGGGCGCAUUCUCCCGGCACCAAGCCCGGUCUUGAAGGCCUGCCACGGACCUGAAGCCCAACUCCUCACAGUCUCAGAGCGAGUGCAAGUGACAAGCUGUUGAUCAUCAUUGAAUCGAUCUAACCAGUGUUGCUGUUCUGUGAUUAAUUUGGAACCCGGGCCAUGGUAGCUGGCUCCCACCCCAACCAUGGAUGAGGUCACCUUCAAAAGUGACACUGUGCUCUCAGACGUCCACCUCUACACCCCCAACCAGAGACACCUCAUGGUGCGGCUGAACAGCACAGGGCAGCCUGUUUUUCUGUCCCAUUUCAAGCUUGUGUGGAGCCAAGAUUCCCAGAUAGACUCAGGGACUGAGGGUGGCAAUUACAGAGAUGUUCCCACAGAGGAGACUCUGGCUGGGACAGGCAGCCCUGGGUCCCCUCCUGGGGGUAGCUGCAGCACUGAGGGUUUUCCCCUCCAGGCCAGCACUGAUGCCACUGGCCAGGAAGGGGCAGGAGCUCAACUGGAUGAAGAUGGGGAUUUGGACGUUGUGAGAAGACCGCGAGCUGCCUCUGAUUCUGAGCCAGCAUGGUGUCCAAGAGACAAGGUACAUCCGGUGAUUCUAACGCAGGGAGAAGAUGACAUCCUGGGAGAUGCCACACAGGAGAACAGCACCUACGAUAUCAUCAGAAUAGAACACACCAUGGCCACGCCCCUGGAUGAUGUUGGCAAGCAGGUAUGGCGUGGUGCCCUGUUCCUGGCUGACUACAUCCUGUUCCACUGGGACGUUUUCCAGGGACGUACUGUGCUGGAGCUCGGGGCAGGCACGGGGUUCACCAGCAUCAUCGCAGCCACGGUGGCACACACCGUGUAUUGUACAGAUGUCGGUGCAGAUCUCUUAGCCAUGUGCCAGCGAAAUGUUGCCUUCAACAGCCACCUGGCUGCCUCUGGAGGCAAUGUAGUUAAGGUCAGAGAACUGGACUGGCUGAAAGACAACCUCUGCACAGAUCCUGAAGUCCCCUUCAGCUGGUCAGAAGAGGACAUCUCCGACCUGUACAACCACACCACCAUAAUGCUCGCUGCCGAAGUGUUUUAUGACGAUGACUUAACUGAUGCUCUGUUUGAAACACUCUUCCGGCUCGCUCACAAGAUGAAAAACGCCUGCACAGCCAUUCUCUCGGUGGAGAAGAGGCUGAACUUCACUCUGAGUCACCUGGAUGUCACAUGUGAAGCCUAUGACCACUUCUACUCCUCCCUGCACCAACUGGAGAAGCACAGGGAUGGCCAGCUGCGCUUUACGGUGGAGCCAGUGGAAGCCUCCUUCCCACAGUACCUCGUGUAUGAGCGCAUCCGGCAGCUGGAGCUGUGGAAGAUUUUUGUGGAACCAGUAACGUGACCAUCAUAUCUGCAGGCACGGCUCCUCGGCUGUUCUUCUGAUAGGUUCUAAUAAAAUCAAAGGCUCACAGUGUGA